UGGGGUUUAAAAUGGGAAGAAACGGGGAGCCCCCGAGGAACCUCAUCUUAGGGACCAGAGGAGUCGCCGUGGAGGGAGAAGCCCAUCCUCGGGGCCUCGGGGAGGCUAAGAAGCCCUUCUCCGUUUUUUCUGCUCCCCCAGACCCGUUACUUUCCCCCUCCGUUUCCGUCGUCUUUGCCGUGGGGUUGGAUGCUGAGGCUGCGGGAGCGGUGGGUGCUGCCGGUCUCUUUCCUCACCUAUAGUGAUUGUUCGCCUCCAGGUUAAAAGACAGAAAGGAAAACUGGUAGGAAAAAUCAAAGGAAAAGCCACCCAGAGCCCCCCCAAGGGCCGGGCAGCCCCCGGGAGCGGGGGCACCUCCUGACCGGGAGCUCCAGGGAAUUCGCUGAUGCUGGAAUUAGCGGGAGCGGAGGGGGAAGCCGGGAAUUUCCCAAUUCUGGGGAAAAUAGGCAAAAGGUUGACGUGUCCCAGUCACGUGGGCGCAUAAUUCAAGCCAUUAUUUUGGCAUUUGGGAAGGAGGAGGGAGAAGAGAGAGAAGAAAAGUGGGGACGGUGAUUCCCAGUUCCCAGCCCGUCUCCGGUGUGCUGCUCCCCAAAGAGCUGUUUGCAACACGCUGAUCCCCCAAACCGGUGUCCCCAUGAGCCCUCCCGUACCCCUCAACCCCACCGCACCCCGUGGGAGCAAGGAGAAGUGGACCCAUGGGAGCGGGGGGCUGCGGGGCGGGGGGGGAGCCUCAAGGGCCGCUGGCUUGAUUUGGUUUUGGGUUUUGUUUUUGCUUUUUUGGAGACAAUUCCAAAGCACUUCCGCUGAUUGAUCAUUAACCUGGUGAGUUAUUGCUCGUCUAAGCAAAGGUCAGGGGGAGAAAAAGGUCUAAUCUGUCAAGGCAAAGCCAGCGCUCGCUCAGUUUCAGUUUGAUUUCUUAUCCGGGCUGGCUUCUGUUCGAGGUUUCAGGAGGUCCUGCACCCUCCAUAGCUCUCGCCUCCUGCUCGGAGCUCUGCCCGCUCUCAGGCUCAGUGUCUGGGGAACGGGAAAACCCAAACUCCUUCCCUUCAGACUAAAUAAAGAGCCGAGGGAGGAGGAGCGGCCCCGCGGAGCAUCCGCGGGUGCGCAGCAGGGGCCGGGCGGGACUUGCGCCGCCUCCAAGAGAAAAUGAACAGAGAAAAGCCCCCAGAUCAAAACAAAGAACACGGGGGAGGGGAAGGGGGGGGGAACACCCUCCCUCCAUCCCUCCUCUGUGCUUGCGCUGCCAGGGAAUAUAUGAAAAACAAAGAAACACCCCCCCCCCCCCUCCUCCGCCCUCCGCGCUAGAGCCGUUGUUUAUUCCAGCUUCUUCGGGCUUGUUUAUUUGUUUCUCUUUUUGCCUCCUCCCUCCUACAUCCCCUUCCAAAUAAACGCGUUUUUCUCUCUUUUUCCCACCUCUUCCCUGCCCUCUUCUCCUCUUCCUUCCAGCCCGGAACUUGCUGAAAACAGGAUGAGUUCACAGCGCAGAAAAAGCUUUUUCUUUCCUUCUUUUUCCUUUUCCCCUCUUUACAAACCUCUGUGUGUGCUCUACAGAGGGACCUGAAAAGCCGGGGGAGGGCUGGGACGUAAGUGGAAUAUUGCCAGAGCUGUGUAUUAAACUGUGCGCCCAUGUAAUAAUAACAGUAAUAAAACCUCCAGCUUUAGGCCGCCGAGCAGAGAAGGUCACGAAGCAUCAGCGGGGGAUUUAUGGACUUGGGGAUGUUAUCACGAGCAGAAUAGGGGUGUGAGGGGAACAUUUUUAUUCGAGAUUAAUAACAUCAACAUACAGAACGGAAACGGGAUUAUUAAAGCGUUGGAAUGUUCCCCUAAACGAAAAUUUUGUUAAAUGAGAUUGUUUUGUCUUUCUCCUUUUCUUUCCCCCUUCCCGAAUCCUUCGUGCCAAAGUUGUGGCGAUAAAUCUCGGCGUGGCUUUCAAGAUGUUUACGUCUCCAAACCGUUAAUUCUGAUACCGAAUCACUUCCCCGUGGCCUCGUACACUGCAGCGCAUCUCCAUCCUUCCCCCUCCCUUCGUGGUGAUCCCUCCACCAUACUGGAGAAACACCAAAACCCACAUUCUGGAUCUUUCAGGCUUUGCUACCUCUAUUUUCUCUGUUAUAUUGAUGUCGAACCCAGAGCUAUUUAGCUGCAGAUAUUUAGUCUCUUAAACGCAUUUAACCCUGAAAAUACCACCAGAAUUUAACCCACACCCUUCCCAAUGUAUAUAUAUUUGAAAUAGCAUCUGGAAUUCACCACCAGCAGUAAGCAAACCGCCCCUGGUCCACACCAAACGCUUCCAUCACACGCGAACCCCAGAGAGGGAGAAGCGUUUCCUUCGGGGGGUUGUACGGGGGGAAGAAGGACGGAGGGAGAGCAGGGAUUUACCGAAAUAACCCUGGUGCCGGGAUGAGGAUAUCGGGUCCUGGAAAUGCCGGUGACUGGGGUGGGUGAUAAUGUCAGAGGAACUGCUGGGGCUUUUGUUCACCAGAGCCCAUCUUCUCCCCUUUUCCACGCAAAGGUUCCUCUGGGUGAUGAAUCCCUUCGUUUCUCACCGAAGUUUCAUACUUUGUUUUUUCUCCUUCCCCCUUCCCAGCUCUCCUCCUUUCCCAAAGCCCGCCACUGCCUCGGCUUUGCUGGACCAGACGUUCCACAACCGGAAGGGGGUCAUUCCUUGCUUAUUGAUUGCGUGGAUGCUGGAUGUGAAAAUAUAUUAUGUCUGCCUGUGCUUUGCUCGUCAGAGACUAAGGUCAGCUUCCAAUAGACAGCUGGAAACAGCCUGUCACGUGGCCUUGGGGUGCCAAUGUUCUGCCAUAGGGGUGUCAAGACCCUGGUAGCUGGAAAAAUCAUUUUGGGGAGUCCCAGAGAUGCAGAAGACAACGUACUACGACAGCUCCACAAUCUUUGGGGGUUACUCCUAUGGGAAUGCCAAUGGAUUCAGCUACGAGGGUGCCCAGCAGUCCUUCCAGCCGGCCUCUCACGUGGAGAACGACUACCAGAGGUCCGCCUGCUCCCUCCAGUCUCUUGGCAACACAACCCCGCAUGCAAAAAGUAAAGACCUGAAUGGAAGCUGCAUGCGUCCAAGUUUGCCCCAGGAGCACCACCCGCCUCCCCCCAUCUCGCCGCCCCCAAACCCUGCCACCAACAGCACCAGUAACAACAGCAAUAACCAGGCGGGGAGCAGUAAAAGUGCCCCCAGCAAAGCCAACCUCAGUGCAAAUGCCAGUCUCACCAAGCAGAUUUUCCCCUGGAUGAAAGAAUCCAGGCAAAACUCCAAACAGAAAACCAGCUCCCCUAGCACAGCAGAAACCUGCAGCGGCGAGAAAAGCCCUCCAGGCUCCUCGGCCUCCAAGAGAGCCCGUACAGCCUACACCAGUGCUCAGCUGGUGGAGCUGGAGAAGGAAUUCCACUUCAACCGCUACCUGUGCAGGCCCCGCCGCGUGGAGAUGGCCAACCUGCUGAACCUCAGUGAGAGGCAGAUCAAGAUCUGGUUCCAGAACAGAAGGAUGAAGUAUAAGAAAGAUCAGAAGUCAAAAGGCAUGGGGUCUUCUUCUGGAGGGCCUUCACCCACUGGCAGCCCACCCCAGCCCAUGCAAUCCUCUGCUGGAUUUAUGAAUGCCUUGCACACCAUGAGCAGUAACUAUGAUGCCCCCUCUCCACCUUCCUUCAAUAAACCCCACCAAAAUGCCUAUGCCAUGUCAACUAACUACCAAAACCCCAUCAAAGGCUGCCCCUCCCAACAGAAAUACGCCAAUACGGCCCCCGAGUACGACCCCCAUGUCUUACAAGGGAACGGGGUGGCCUACGGGACACCCAAUAUGCAGGGAAGCCCCGUCUAUGUUGGAGGUAACUAUGUGGAUUCUAUGCCCACCUCUGGCCCAUCCCUUUAUGGCCUCAAUCACCUGCCACAUCACCAGGCCACCAACAUGGACUACAAUGGGCCUCCCCAGAUGCCCCCGAGCCAACACCACGGACCAUGUGAGACCCACCCCACCUACACAGACCUUUCCACGCACCACGCUUCUUCUCAGGGCAGAAUCCAAGAGGCACCCAAGUUGACCCACCUGUGAUAGGGAGCAGGGGCAGGCUCAGGCAAAGUGGAUGGGACCCCACCAUGGGGCAUGGGAGAGGGGAAGAGGGCAGGAUCAGCUUCAGGAACAUUUGCGUUGAGCUGUUUUCUUUCUUUCUUUGACAGGGCAAUUUCUACUAGCUUGUUGUGCUUGCUAUUGUUAUUGCUGGGUUUAUUAGGCACAAUUUCCAAGCAUUUCAGUAGCUCUCUCUCUGAAGAGGUAUACCUCCUGUGUUUCAGCACAAAUGUUUCUGAAGUGGAUCUGAGGUAGUUUUAUGGGAAUCUAGCCAAUUUCAAGCAGUAAUAUCCUUCAUUUCCAAUCCAAGCAUAGAUCGUCAUUGAUAAUUUUUGGACAUUGGGAAGGAGAAUGGUCAGGAGUCAGGUCUUUACAGUUGAUGUCUCUGCAUCUACAUCAACAUGCACAAGUGUACAGAUAUGCAAUCAAGAGAGAUUCACAAGAAAACUACCCUCUUCUUGACUCCUCAAGAGGAACCUCGUGCUUUUCCUUCCCAGCCUUAUGAGGAAGUGCACUGAGUAACUUCCCACCAGUCACCACAUAAACUGCAAAUAUACAAACCUGCCAACGCCUGGGAUUCAUGCUCUUCCCCUCCAGCCCCUGCCUCCCCUCUCAGUAAUAACAAUAAUCAUCAUCAAACUAGAAUAAGAGAGGUCUAAGUAUUGCAAAAGGUUUGGGAAAUAUGGGUUUUGAAAUGCCUCAACCCCCCAACAAUAACAGCAGUCCAAAGAGAGGAAGAAAGAGUUGACAGGUCUGAAUAUUUUCCCACCUUUGCCUCUGAUGACAUGAAGUCUCCAUUCAACAGUGUUGGGUUUGUUUUUGUUUGGGAGUAUUUUUCUUAGGGUUCCUUAACAGAAAAGCAAUCUUAAGACUCAGAAGUCCUACACUUCUUUCCUCCUCUUCUCUUGACCUUACGUGAAAACAGGGUAUAUUUGAACAAAUGGAAUGUCCUCCCAUCGAAGCAGAAGUGAAUGGAUCUCUAGUAUUUGCUAAUGCUUUCUUGUCUGGACAUCUUUGUUGCACUUAGAGUUUACAUAUAAUGGGUAUAAAAACAGCUUUGAAGGGCUUUUGUCCAACUCAGAUGAGAUGCCCUUCAAUAGGUGUGUGUUCUGGUGAACAUUCAUAUAUAUUUAUUGGUUAUAGCCAGUUUAAAAUAUUUUCCUUUUUUUUUGUAUUAUUUAUCCCCAAUAUUAUGUAUUUAUAUGAGGAAAAAACAAACAAACAAAAAAAAAAACAAAAAAAAAAGAAGGAAUCAAAUUGUACUUUUUUAGUAUUUACUUGUUCUAAAGGACAUUGUGUUUCCUUGUCAUUGUACAACAAGCUUAUUUUAGUUAUUGUAAUUUAGGAAGACCAGUAGUUUUAUGUUACCUUCGUACUUAUGAAAAAUGUAAUUAGUUCUACUGGAGGCAUGAGAGCAGAACCAGCCUGUAAUUGUAUAGUCCUGAAUUAGAACUAUAGCUAAUCCUUCCCUCCCUCCCACCUCACCCCGCCUCUUCCGAGCUCUUUCUUUGUUCUUAUAGUAGUUAUUUUGUUUCCUUGAUAAGGGUUGUCUGUUGAACAAUUCUUGAAUAAACUUUCUGUUAUCCAUUUUA